GAGUGGGCGGGGCUUAUGGUGUGGCCGAGUGCAGCCGGUCGUGUGGCAGCGCGAAGGGACUGGAAAAAGAAGUUUCUGAGCCCGCGAGCCUGCCGCGGAAGUGGACGAAGAACGCCCUUCAAGUGUCUGGAGCUCAGAGAUGUUGCCCAGGGGAGGGAACUGUGGCUAGUUAAGGAGGCCACGCCUAAUGUUGUUUCCAGAUCCCAUGUCAACACCAAGUCCUCAGUUGCUGGUGGCAGCUGCUCAGGAGACCCUGGGCAUGGGAAAGAGACGGAGCCCACCCCGAGCUGUCUGCCUUCACCUAGCCGGAGAGGUACUAGCUGUGGCCCGGGGACUGAAGCCAGCUCUACUCUAUGAUUACAACGGAGCAGGGGCAUCAGAGCUCCAGAGCUAUCUGGGGGAGCUGCAGGGUCUGGGCUUCCUGACCGAGGGACUUCACAUCCUUGAGAUUGGAGAAAACAGCCUGAUUAUCAGACCCGAGCAUGUAUGUCAGCACCUGGAGCAGGUGCUGUUUGGUACCAUAGCCUUUGUGGAUGUUUCCAGCUCCCAACCUCACCCUUCUAUCCACUCCCUGGACCAGCUUCAGGACUUGAAGUCCAUCAUAGCUGAGAUCAUCACCCAUUUGCAGGGGUUGCAGAAGGGCCUAUCCCUGGAAGUCUCCUGCAGCAGGCUCUGUUCCUCAGACUGGAAUCUCUGUACUGUGUUUGGGAUUCUCCUGGGCUAUCCUGUUCCCUAUACCUUUCACUUGAACCAGGGAGAUGACAACUGCUUAGCCCUGACCCCACUACAGGUGUUCACUGUCCGGAUCUCAUGGCUACUUGAUCAACCCCCAGUCUCGCUCUAUUCCUUUAGUGUCCCAGAGAGCUUGUUCCCAGCCCUGAGGGACAUCCUGAACACUUGGGAAAAGGACCUUAGAACUCGAUUUAGGACUCAGAAUGACUUUGCAGACCUCAGCAUCUCCUCUGAGAUAGUCACACUGCCAGCUGUGGCCCUCUGACUAACUCCCAUGUAGAGAGUACUCAGUAAAUAUUCAGCUCUGAGUCAGGGAUUACAAAUAGAAAUCAUCUCAAGGGCCAAUUCUGAGCAUCUUGAGAACAGUAGGGAAGAAUGCUGUAGUCAACUGGCCCAUUUGUGAUGGGCACGGGAAUGGGGUGGUGGCGGCAGCAUUGGUAGUACACAUUCACCAUUUCUGAAAUCUGGAGUCCUCUUGACUUAGCUGAGAUGUCUUUUCCUUCACCGGAUAUAAGAUAGAAGAAAAGA